CCAAGAGCUGAAGGAGAGUGGUGAGCAAAGGAAUGAAGGAGAGAGAGAGAGACAGAGAGAGAGAGAGAGAGAGAGAGAGAGAGAGAGAGAGAGAGAGAGAGAAACUAACUGGAAGCUUGAGUUUUGUGUUGCUUCUUGAAAUCUUAUGAAUGGAUUACUAGCAGCUGAGAGCCAGGAGAGACCUAUAGGGGAUGCAAGAUCACUUACACACUAAAAGGGGGAGAAGAGCAGGCGGAAUCCUUCUUCCUUGCUGUUACCCCUCCUUCCUGAAAUGAAUGAGACCCUCAAGACUACAAGAAGGUGAAAUCAAGAGCUGUCAGACUCAUUUGGUUAGGAGAACAGCAGACUGGCAACCGGGAGAACUUUACAGAGACUUAGAACAUACCAACAAGUUGGAAAGGGAUUAAAAAAAAAAAAAACCUUCAAGCAUCAACAAUACUGAACUCCAAGCUGAGGGCAAGAAUCUAACCUGCAAGGGUGGACUGGAAGCUGGAUGCAGACCUGACUGAGGACACCUGCAGUGAAAGUUAAGUACCAGCCUGGGCUUCUGUGCCCCCAGAUUCUUUGUACAUUUUUCAUCAAUAACCAUUGCAUUUUGUGUCUCUAUAAAAAAAAGUUUUCCUAGGCAUUUGUUUUAAGGUGAACAUAGGUUGGAUUAAGGGUUACAAAAAGAGAAGGUAACAUCUAGGGAAGGAAGAAGAGAAAGAAAUGAAAACUAGAGAAUGAGAUUACUUUGAUUGACUUCUGGUAGCCAGGGGUAUGUGUUUGUGAGUGUGUAUUUGAGAGAAUCUGGCUUAUGUCAUAUACUUCUAGUAUCAGAGAGGGGAGGAGUUAUUGAGGAAGGAAGAAAAAGAAAAAGAAGAAACUUGAGCUUCUGGGAAGACAUUCAAAGGAAACAAGAGCAAUUAACUUCAUUCUGCAAGGACUAAAAUAGAGGUGGAAGAGAAGUCAAAGGAGCAGAGUGAGAGGAUCAUACAUAGUGGGAGCAACACAGAAGCCACACUGGCACAAUUUCCAUGCCAGGUAGCCGGAAGAGGUACUCCUUUGGGGCUACUUGAAAAAGUUUGGUUUGUGAACAGAACAGUUUCCCUGGUAACUGCAAAUCCUUUGCUAACCAUCUCUUUCUCCUCUUCCCAUCUCUCUGGUGUGGUACCCGAAAUUGACUUCUGGCUCUCUAGGAAGAGCUGUGGGAGGCAUGAUGUGUUUAAAGAUCCUGAGACUAGGUCUGGUGGUCCUGGCUGGAUGGGCUUUCGACUCUACCAGCUCUGAGCUAGGCUGGACUGGCAAGAAACCCAUGGCUCAGAGGGGACGCCUGAAACACGUGCUUCUGGAAGGAGAACAUUGUUGGCUGGGGGCUAAGGUUCAAAAACCCAGAGCUGCUCCGCAGCAUCACCUCUUUGGGGUCUACCCCAGCAGCCCUGGGAACUACCUGAGGCCCUUCCCUGUGGGGGAGCAGGGAACUCAUCACACAGGACACCGCAAACCAGAUGCUGCGGGAAGGGCUGCAAGUCGUGUUUCCCCAGACCUGACUGGGAGUACAGAACUGAGGAGAGAGGUUGAGCAGCCAGCUGCCCCGUGGGUAGGGGAUGGUCCUAUUGGGCAAUCUAAGCUGCUAGAAGAUGAUGACACUUAUCUUGGCAACCAAGGAUCCAAGGAGCCUCUAGGUAAGGCUGCAUUGCGGGAGAGCUCAGCCAGAUUCCCCAUUGCUACCAACUUUGCAGACCUGAAGGAACCGGAAGCAGCUACUCAGAGGAAGGGCUGGGCCAAGGCCAGGCAUCCUCGGCAGGUGGUGAAGAGGCAGGCAGAAGGUGUGCCUGGAGACCCGGAUACUGCCCCUUGGCCUUUCCAACCUUGGCCUGAGGACCCACUUACACACAGGGCUCAAAGCAGUCCAUUGGAGGACAGCAUCCAAAAUGGUGGAGGGAGCCUUGACUGGGAAACUGAGACCUUUAACCCCCAAGGAGGACUGCCUGUCUUGUACUUCUCUGGGAGGCGGGAGCGGCUACUGCUGCGUCCAGAGCUGUUGGCUGAAAUUCCCAGGGAGGCGUUCACAGUGGAAGCCUGGGUGAGACCAGAGGGAGGACAGCACAACCCAGCCAUCAUCACAGGUGUGUUUGAUAACUGCUCCCACACAGUCAAUGACAAGGGCUGGGCCCUGGGCAUCCACUCAGGGAAGGACAAGGGAAGGCAAGAUGCUCGCUUCUUUUUCUCCCUCCGCACCGACCGCAUGAAGAAAGCCACCACUGUGACUGGCCACAGUCGCUACCAACCAGGCACGUGGACACAUGUGGCAGCCACUUAUGAUGGACAGCGCAUGGCCCUGUAUGUGGAUGGCACUCAGGUGGCUAACAGUCCGGGCCAGUCGGGUCCCCUGAACAGUCCUUUCAUGGCAUCUUGCCGCUCCUUGCUCUUGGGUGGGGAUAGCUCUGAGAAUGGGCACUAUUUCCGUGGACACCUGGGCACACUGGUCAUCUGGUCCACUGCCCUCUCACAAAGCCACCUUCAGCACAGUCCUCAGCAUGAAAGCGGGCCAGAGGAGUUGGCCAUCUUGGUCCUGACAGCCAAUUUUGAUCCUUUGAAGGAACAGUGGACACCUUUCAGGGAUGAGAACUAUCCCCGGCUUGAGGUUCUUCAGGGCUCCGGGCCACAGCCUGAGAUUCUGUCACCCUUGCAGCCCCCGCUUUGUGGGCAGACGGUUUGUGACAACGUGGAGCUGAUCUCUCAGUACAAUGGGCACUGGCCCCUGCGGGGAGAGAAGGUGAUCCGCUACCAGGUGGUGAAUGUCUGUGACGACCAGGGCUUGCAUCCCAUGGUGAGCGAGGCGCAGAUCCAGCAGCAGCAUGAGGCCCUCAACGAGGCCUUCAGCCGCUACAACAUCAGCUGGCAGCUGAGCGUCCACCGGGUCCUCAACUCCACCCUGCGCCACCGGGUUGUGCUUGUGAACUGUGAGCCCAGCAAGGUUGGCAAUGACCACUGUGACCCCGAGUGUGAGCACCCGCUCACAGGCUAUGACGGGGGUGACUGCCGAUUGCAGGGCCGCUGCUACUCCUGGAACCGCAGGGACGGGAUCUGCCACGCCGCGUGCAACAACAUGCUGAAUGACUUCGAUGAGGGGGACUGCUGUGAUCCCGAGGUGACAGAUGUGCGCAAGACCUGCUUUGAUCCAGACUCGCCCAAGAGGGCAUACAUGAGUGUGAAGGAGCUAAAGGAAGCCUUGCAGCUCAACGGUACUCAUUUCCUCAACGUCUACUUUGCCAGCUCAGUGCGAGAAAACCUUGCAGGUGCUGCUACCUGGCCUUGGGAAAAAGAAGCUGUCACUCACCUGGGGGGUGUUGUCCUCAACCCAGCCUUUUACGGCAUGCCCGGUCACACCAACAUCAUGAUCCAUGAGGUGGGCCAUGUCCUGGGGCUCUACCAUGUCUUCAAAGGUGUCAGCGAGAGGGACUCCUGUGAUGACCCCUGCAGAGAGAUGGUGCCAUCCAUGGAGACAGGAGACCUCUGUGCUGACACUGCCCCCACACCCAAGAGUAAGCUGUGCCAGCCCCCAGAGCCUGCCAACGACACUUGCGGCAUCACCCACUUCCCAGGGGCUCCGUUCAACAACUACAUGAGCUACACAGAUGAUAACUGCACCGACAACUUCACCCCUAACCAAGUGGCACGAAUGCAUUGCUAUUUGGACCUGGUGUAUCAGCAGUGGAGUCAAACCAGAAAGCCCACCCCAAUUCCUAUUCCACCUAUGGUCAUCGGACAGACCCCCAAAUCCCUCACUAUCUACUGGCUGCCUCCUAUCAGCGGAGUUGUAUAUGACAGGGCCUCAGGUAGCAUGUGCGGCUCCUGCUCUGAAGACGGGACUUUCCGUCAGUAUGUGCACACUGCUUCUUCCAGGCGGGUAUGUGACUCCUCAGGCUACUGGACUCCAGAAGAAGCUGUGGGGCCUCCUGAUGUGAAUCAGCCCUGUGAGCCAAGUUUGCAAGCCUGGAGUCCUGAGCUCCACCUCUACCACAUGAAUAUGACAGUGCCCUGCCCUCCAGAAGGCUGUAGCCUGGAGCUGCUCUUCCAAUACCCGGUCCCAGCUGACACCCUCACCCUCUGGGUAACUUACCUCUCCAUGGAUUCCUCCCAGGCACUGUUUGACACAGAGAUAUUGCUGGAAAACCAGAAGUCUGUGCACCUGGGCCCUUUAGACACUUUCUGUGACACACCUCUCACCAUCAAACUGCAUGUGGAUGGAAGAGUCUCAGGGGUGAAAGUCUACACAUUUGAUGAGCGGAUGGAGAUUGAUGCUGCCCUCCUGACUUCUCAGCCUCAUAGUCCUUUGUGUUCUGGCUGCAAGCCUGUGAAGUACCAGGUUAUCCGGGAGCCUCCCUUUGCCAGUGGCUCACCCAUGGUGGUGACACAUCCUCACAGAAAGUUCACUGACACGGAAGUCACACCUGGACAAAUGUAUCAAUACCAAGUUCAGGCUAAAGCUGGAGCAGAACUGGGAGAACCUUCACCUCCUCUGUACCACAUCCAUGGAGCUCCUUACUGUGGAGAUGGGAAGGUGCAAAAGAGCUCAGGAGAAGAGUGUGAUGAUGGUGACCUGCUGGAUGCAGAUGGAUGUUCAAGAGCGUGUAAACUAGAAGAAGGCUUCAACUGUGUGGGAGAGCCAAGCCUCUGCUACAGGUAUGAGGGAGAUGGCAUUUGUGAGCCUUUCGAGAAAAAAACCAGCAUCAUAGACUGUGGCCUCCAUACUCCCAAAGGAUCCUUGGAUCAGUGGGCUAGCCAGGCUUUCUCCUCUCAUGAGGACAGGAAGAAGUGUCCGGUUUCCCUGGUAACUGGAGAACCUCAUUCCUUGAUUUGUACAUCAUACCAUCCAGAUCUACCCAAGCACCGCCCCUUUACUGGCUGGUUUCCCUGUGUCACCAGUGGAAAAAGGCCGCAGGAGGAAGGAAGUGAGCAGUCAGAAGGUAGCCUGGAGAAGGAGAAUGAAGUUUGGCUCAAAGUGUGUUUUAAGAGACCAGGCGUUGCCACAGCAGUUUUCAUUUUCUUGACAUCUGAUGGCCUGGUCGCUGGGAAGCAUCAGCGGCCAACAUUGACUGUCUACUUGACUGAUGUCAGUGGAAGCAACCACUCUCUUGGAACUUAUGAGCUGUCAUGUCAGCAUAACCCACUGGUUAUCAAUGUGAUCCCCGAUGCAAAUGUCCUUGCCCACCGUACCACCUCUGUGCUGCUGAACUUCUCAUCCCAUUUGGUGGGCAUCUCAGCGGUGGCCUUAAGGACAUCCUCCCACAUCAGUCUUUCAGCUCCCAAUAGCUGCAUUCCAGAGCCUGAGGGGCCAAAGCAUCAGGGACAGAGCUGUGUCCACCAGCCCUGUGGGAAGCUGGUCAGCUGUGUGCCAUUGCUGCUUGCUCACACGGACAUGGUGAACUGUACCUCAAGCAGCCCAGGUAACAUGAAGUGUGCUAUCACCUGUCAAAGGGGAUUUGCCCUUCAGACCAGAAAUGGGCAGUACCUGAGGCCCAUUCAGAAGGAGAUCCUGCUCACGUGUUCUGCUGGGGUCUGGGACCGGGAUGUGAGCUGCAUGCCUCUCGACUGUGGCAUCCCUGACCCGUCUUUGGUGAACUAUGCGGACUUCUCCUGCUCAGACGGCACUGACUUUCUGAAACGCUGCUCCAUCUCUUGUGUGCCACCAGCCAAGCUCCAAGGACUGAGCCCGUGGCUGACCUGCCUUGAAGAUGGGAUAUGGUCACUUCCUGAAGUCUACUGCAAGGUGGAAUGUGACGCUCCCCCUGUCAUUCCAAAUGCCAACUUGCUCCUGCCUCGCUGUAUGAGGGGUGGUCACGACGUGGGCACUGUCUGCAGAUAUGAAUGCAAACCAGGCUACUAUGUGGUGGAGGGAACAGAGAGGAAAUUCAGGAACAAGUUCCUGAAGCUCCAGUGCUUGGAAGAUGGAAUCUGGGAGCAAGGCAGCUGUAUGCCAGUGGUGUGUGAGCCUCCUUCUCCUGUUUUUGAAGGCAUGUAUGAGUGUACCAAUGGCUUCAAUCUGGACAGCCAGUGUGUGCUUAAAUGUAACCAGGAAAGUGAAAGGCUUCCCAUUGUCUGCACUAAAGAAGGACUGUGGACUCCGGAGUUCAAGCUGUGUGAGAACCUGCGAGGCGAAUGCCCUCCGCCCCCCUCAGAGUUGAAUUUCCUGGAGUACAAGUGUGAACAGGGAUAUGGGAUUGGUGCCAUGUGUUCCCUGUCUUGUAUAAUCCCCCCUAAUGAUCCUGUCAUGUUGCCAGAGAACAUCACUGCUGACAAGCUGGAAUACUGGAUGGAACCUGUCAAAGUCCAGAGCAUCGUGUGCACGGGCCGACGCCGAUGGCACCCAGACCCCCUCCUGAUCCACUGCAUCCAGUCCUGUGAGCCUUUCCAAGCAGAUGGUUGGUGUGACACGAUUAACAACCGUGCCUACUGCAACUAUGAUGGAGGAGACUGCUGCUCUUCCACACUGUCCUCCAAGAAGGUGACUCCAUUUGUUGCUGACUGUGACCAGGAUGAGUGUACCUGCCGAGACCCCAAGGCAGAAGAAAAUCAGUAACUGUGGGACUGAGCUCCUCCCUCACCUGCCCUGGAGGCAGUCAGAGAGAGAAGCUGCCGUGGAUGGAGACAAAGGGUGAAGGAGGAAGGAAGGUCAUGAAAUGCAGGAAAUAGAGAGUGUAAAGGAUCUUUUCAGAAAUGCAAGAGUACAUUUAUAGGUGCCAACAAAUGUAGGUAGCUCAAACAUUAGCUCCAACAGGGAAGAAUAAUAGGCAAAAGUUUCUUUAAUGUGGCAAUUGAUUAACAGAGGAAGGAGAGAUAUGAUAGAUAAACAAAAACCCUCCUCCCCUAUCUAUAUUCUACCCAAACCCAUCCUCAACUCCCCACUCUGUACUUGUCAACUGCUCAGCCUCACCCAGUGUGUAAAAUAUUAUCAAAAUACUAGAAGAGAAGUUGCCAGAGACACUCUGUUAGUAACCAUUUCAAAUGGAUUGUCAUCUUUCAGGGCUUGUCUACUCUAAUCCAGCCCUUCCCCUGUCUUUUAUGUAGUCUCUCUAAAAUGAUGAGGUUAGUUAUUAAUUCUUUAUAAGUAUUUAAACAUAAUUAUAUAAAUAUAUUAUAUAUUAUAUUUUUUGCUGUUUACUAAGCUAAAGAUUAUUCAUUGUUCCACACAUGCUGCUGUGAAGUUCAUGUCCAAAAUGGAUGCUAAGGCUUUGAGAACAGAAAGCUGAGUUCUUCUGCCAUCUUUUUAUGAGUAGGGAUUGGAAAACUGAACGGGAAAUGGAGAAAGAGCCAAGAAGAGACGAGGUAGAAUUUUGGAUGCUAAUGUGUCAGCCAGUUAUCUUUAUGACUUGGGGACCAGGAUCACUUGAGGGACAUAGCAGUUGAAAUGAUUAUACCGAGAAACACAAAAAAUUAGGUGUUAGUGCCCAUGGCUGAUAGGUCCAGAAAAGUGGGGAAAAAAAUGAUCUUUUAAUAUCUAUCUAUCUAAAAAGAAUUUAUUAACUUCUCCCUACUUCUUAGAACUCUCAAUUAGCAUUGAUGAGACCCAGGAUUUUCUCCACUUCAGUAAGUGACUAUUCCAAGCAUGGCUGUUAGACCCCCCCCCCCCCACACACACAGUCAACAAGUUUGCACAAGGGUUCAUUCCCUGAGUACAUGGAUCACAGGAUCUCACCCAUUCUUCACACUUGGCCUGUGGUCACUCUCUUUUUCAGAAGUUCCAGUGUCUGCCCAUCAAUCACAGCCACAUUUCUAGUUGUUUACUUCCUGGGGAAUAAUGGUUUGGAAAUGACACAGGAGAAAGGUAGGAAAGAAAUGAAAAACCUAGCAGAAUGGAGGAGCCAAAGGAGGUCACAGAGAGGUAGGAGAUGAGGGGUAAAUCAGUGCUGAGAAAGAGAAUAACGUGAGUCCAGGUGAUUCAAAUCCAAGUCUCCAAAGACCACCAAAGAGUAUCCCCGUGAGCAAUGCAGUCUGACGAAUUCUAUGCAAGAGGAAUGCAUGCAGUCUGUAAUGAGAGAUUUGUCUGGGCAAGCGAUAUAAACAUGGAGCAAGGGUGACACUCUGUGGGAAGAAAGAAGAAUUUCAACUCUUAGGAUCCAUUUUGUUAUCCUUACCCUUACUUGUUCAGCAGGUAGACUGCACAGGAAGUGAUCAGAUUAAUCCUGCCUCUCUUUACAUCCCAGCUCAUUUUUAGUUUUUGCAUGUGGUCUUAUUGUAGUUUUCUUGUAAGCUUCUGGAUUAGGCCUUAGGGGAAAAAAGGAAGGAUCCAACUUUUUGAGGGGAUACAUCCUGUCUUACCAUUUUAAGAAAGGCCAACAACCUAAUUUCCUUCAAAGUUAACUCUCCAAUAGAAAACAAGGGCAAGUAAAACUUAAGAGUUCAACCUUGGUCUCCCUUGUCAUCUGCUUUUUGCUCUGAAGAGUUUUUCUACUCUUCUCUUCAACAUGCAAGCAAUGGAUUUGCAAAAAGGAAAAUAAAAUGUUAUUCGUUUCCAACAAAAUAAUACCCACACUAUGAUGUAGGAAAGAAUGUUAUUUUAGAAUUCAAUCACAAACAUGGUUUUUACACCUUUUUAGCCGUACUUGGAAUGGAGAAAAGGUAGAGCAGAGUUUGCCCAACUGAUAAUCUCUUGCCCCUGUAUCUGGCCAUAGGGGAAACUAUAUGCUUAUUAACACUCACUGUCUGGGUCACAUUUAGUGGCCCUGGGCAGACAAAAAACAAAACAAAAUAAAAAAAAAUGUUUUUCUGGGAUCCUAAUAGGAUAUAAAAUGGAAAGAACAGUGGAAAAGUUUAGAUUCUCGAUUUAAAAAAAAAAUGAAAAAAAAAAAAAACACAUUGUAAAAUUGUUUUCUCGGGGAACAAAUCCAAAUGCCUGGGCAUGUGUCAAGUUCUGCCUUGGGCAAUCCUGCCUCCAACUGAGGGAGAAGAGCUACUCUAGGCAAUGCCCAGCUCAGGGAGGCUGCAGUCUCCAGAAGAACAUGAAAUCUGUGGUUAGUGCCCGUGUGUAUCUCUCUUCAGUCUCUUCAUCAGAGUAAUAACGAGCACAUGCCUGUGUUGUACUUCAUUUUAAAAUAUUUUGCACCCUGCUGACAGCAUGUGUAGUCCACAACUGCUCCGGAAAAAGAGAGAAGGCAGUUUUUGUUGUGUGGGAAAGCCCAUCAGGCUGAGAGCCACCCAGCUGUAGUUAGCUAUGGACAUUCAUAGGAGGCAUGUUUUUCCAGUCCUUGUCCCCAAAUCCUAGUGUUUCUAGGAACUCAAGUCACUCACAAAGUCAAAGGAUUAAGACACCACAAUCACAGAUUCCAACAGCAGCAGCUCACACUUGUUCCAUGUGGUGACCUGCAUUCUUCUGCUCUUACCCACUCAUGGAGACACUGAGAGCCUUUCCCAGAGGCUCCUCUGUCUCUUUGUUCCUGAUCUCUUCAGUCUCUUUUAUCUAGUAAGUAAAGAGAGGAGCCUGGGGGUGGCUGACUCUUACUGACUGACAUUAUGGCCACCAAUCAAAGAGACACAAGAAGGGAGGGCUCAGUGAGAAGAACAGAUGGAUUCUGGUCAAUUAAAAAAAGAAGCAGAAAGUUACUUUUGGGUCUCUCCUUCCCUUUCCUCCAUUACACUGGACUUGGUACUUCUGUUCUGUGCGAUCACUAUUACGUGUGUCAGUUAGCACCCAAGGGGAUAGUUUGAUUAAAAAUAUAGUGAAAGGAGCUGAUCUACUGUAUUGUAAUGUAAAACAGCUACAGCCAGUUAUUUUGUAAGAUUAUAAGAUGUUCAUUAAAAAAAAAUCUGCACACAAAA